CAGUGUAUAUAAAUGCUAACAAAACAUAUCAUCCCUUUAAUGUCUCUUCUUCACAGAAGCAGCAAUGGAAAAUCACCUUUGUUGCAAUUGUGUGUAUGUGGUUGUACUUGUUCGAAAAGCAUAAUCGCCAUUCCCCGUUGACAUUGCCCAGCUGAGAAUCCAUCUUCCCGGGAAACUUGUUACCUUUACCUUAAGGCUUGAGGCAAAGAAUCGAAUCGGCAUCCCCCGUUAACUUGCAAAUGGCGUUCUUCUUCUCCACUUUGUUCCCGAAUGAAUUUACUCCGCAUUUAAUCUGCACAUCAAAUCCACACAAACAGUUGAAUUUCUCUUUGCCACAAAAAGGAAGCGCUUCAAUAUUUCUGAUUUCGAGAGAAUUUAUAUCAACGAUCAGAAAUGGCUGCUUCUGACAUUAACAGAAGCUUGGUAAGUGAACUUGUAGCAAUGGGAUUUUCAGAGGCUCGAGCCACCAAGGCUCUUCAUUCUUCCGGUAAUUCAAGCCUUGAGGCUGCAGUAAAUUGGAUUAUUGAUCAUGAGAAUGAUGCAGACAUUGAUGAGAUGCCCAUGGUUCAUGUGGACAUUACUGAAACUCCUAGUGCUGGUUUUGAUUCGGAACAAGUAAAGUUGAAAGCACAAGAGCUAAGGGAGCGAGCACGCAAGAGGAGAGAAGAGGAAGAGAAAAAGCUGGAAAGGGAAAGGGAGAAGGAAAGGAUACGUGCAGGCAAAGAACUGCUUUCGACAAAGCGAAUGGCGGAGGAAAAUGAGAGGAAACGCUUUGAAGCACAGAGGAAGGCUGAAAAAGAAGAAGAGAGAAGGGCAAGGGAGAGAAUUCGUCAAAAACUGCAGCAGGACAUGGUAGAAAGGAGGGCUAGGCUUGGUUCAUCUAUGAAUAGCUCUACGUCUUCAAAAUCCAUCGAGACCUCAAAGCAGGAAUUUAAGGAUCCAUUGAAAGUUGACUUUUCCGCAUCAUCUGGUUACACCGCUACAAAGAAAGAGGUUUUGAUGGAAUGCUUAAGAUCUCUCAGGCGUCAGCACGAGGAGGAGGACGAGAAAGUGCAACGGGCCUUCAAAGCUCUGUUAGUUUAUGUGAGAAACGUUGUUAGCAAUCCUGAUGAAGGAAUGUUCAGGAAGAUCCGGCUCAGUAAUCCAGCUUUCCAGGCUAGAGUUGGAAUUUUCAAAGAAGGUGUGCAGUUUCUAGAGCUAUGUGGGUUUGAAAGAGGUGAAGGAAGUGAUUUUUUGGUGUUGCCCAGAAACAAGGUCGAUAUGGCGCUACUGAGAUCAGCUGGCAUGGUUUUGCAUUCUGCCAUUACAAAUCCCUUUUUUGGGCUACUCUCAAAGUAAGGUGGGUUCUCAGGGAUUAGGGACUUGAUGUUUGAAAAUCAACAGAGCACUAGCUUCUAGCUGGAUUCCAAUACUUCUACCGGACUUGCAUUUGUAUUGUAGCCUGAAUUGGAUAUUCUAUUUGUUUGAACUUUAAUUUCUCUUGUAAACGUGCUUGUGUAUAUUAUACUUAAUCUUCCCUCCCAUUCCUCACCUCAUAUAUAAAAGUGACAUAACCUACCCGUAUGAGCUCUUCUGUAAAGGGAUUCAGUAAGUAUAUAUUAAGAUUUUUUUUAUUUGGUGAAA